AUGACUCUAAGCUUUUUUGAUCAAUUUUUAAGCCCCACUAUUCUAGGAAUUCCCCUGAUUUUUUUAUCUCUUAUUUUACCCUGACUCCUCUACCCAACCGCGCCCAACCGCUGAUUGACUAGCCGUCUCCUAACACUACAAAACUGACUUAUUCUUCGAACAGCUGCUCAACUAAUAGCCCCAAUUAACCAGCAAGGACAAAAAUGGGCCGUGAUCCUUACAUCACUAAUACUCUUCCUUAUCUCUAUUAAUCUCUUAGGACUUCUCCCCUAUACCUUCACGCCCACAACCCAACUAUCGAUAAACAUGGGCUUUGCUGUACCAAUAUGACUUGCAACAGUUUUAAUUGGGUUACGCAAUCAACCAACCACAUCUAUUGGGCACCUUCUCCCAGAGGGCACCCCAAAUCUACUAAUUCCCGCACUCGUUGUAAUUGAAACAAUUAGUUUGUUUAUUCGCCCCCUUGCUCUGGGUGUUCGACUAACCGCAAAUUUAACUGCAGGCCACCUACUGAUACAACUUAUCGCUACAGCUGCCUUCUUUUUGGCCUCAGUAAUACCAACAAUUGCUCUAUUAACCUACACAAUCCUCUUCCUACUUACAAUUCUAGAAUUAGCCGUCGCAAUAAUCCAAGCAUAUGUUUUUGUUCUAUUACUAACUCUAUAUUUACAAGAAAACAUUU